AUGGGCAAGUCAAGCUCCAAGAAGCGCUCCCGCUCCGACGAGGACGACAUCGCUGUCGCGGCGCAAGAGCAGGAGGUUAUGAAGAAGAGCAAGGUGGACGAGAACGGCAAGAGCGAGGUGACAAAGUCUGAGUCUUCCGACAAGAAAUCCAAGAAGGAAAAGAAGGACAAGAAGGAGAAGAAGGACAAGUCUGAGAAGAAGGAGAAGAAGGACAAGAAGGACAAGAAGGAAAAGAAGGACAAGAAGGAAAAGAAGUCCAAUUCGGCUGCCGAGGAGGAGGAGAGGGAGGAGAAGGAGGAGGAGGAGGAGCCCGCCGUCGAGUCCUCCGAGAAGAAGUCCAAGAAGGACAGGAAAGACAAAAAGGACAAGAAGGACAAGAAGUCCAAAGAGGAGAACCAGCUCCCCCCCUCCCACCCCGACGCCCAAAAACCAAAGUCGCAAGAGGAGGCAAUGGCGGAGGAGACCCAACCCAAAGGCCGCUUCAUCUGCUUCGUCGGCAACCUCCCUUACACGGCCACGGUGGAAUCCCUCACCGCCCACUUCGCCGCUCUCCAGCCCACCUCUGUCCGUCUCCUCACCGAGCGCGACGACCCCAAAAAGUCGCGCGGGAUCGCCUUUGUCGAGUUUGACCGCUUCGACAGGAUGAAGACGUGCCUGGAGAAGUUUCACCACACCGAGUUUGAGGGGAGGAAGAUUAAUGUUGAGUUGACUGCCGGCGGCGGAGGCAAAACCCCCCAACGCCUCGACAAGAUCAAGGAGAAGAACGCCAAGCUCAACGAGGAGCGCCGCAGCAGGAUGAAGAAGGUGGAGGUCGAAAAGGCCGAGAAGGAAAAGGCAAAAGCUGCCGGCGGUGCUGAGGAGAAGCCUGCUGAGGAGGAGGACGACCAAGCUGGUAUCCACCCUUCCCGCCGGGCGCAGGUCGGGGCCGAGUUCAACGAAGAUGAGGAGGACAAUUUCGGGUAUAGCAAUGGUGGUGGUGGCAGGGGUAGGAGGGGUGGUGGUGGUAGAGGCGGUGGUGGUAGGGGGAGAGGUGGUGGUAGAGGUAGAGGUGGGAGAGGUGGCGGCGGCGGGAGGAAUCAAAAGAAGUGGUAG